UAUUUAACAGGGCCCAGGCUGAAGAACGUUACGGGAAGGAGUUGGUUCAGAUCGCCCGGAAAGCAGGAGGUCAAAGCGAAAUCAACACUUUAAAGGCUUCGUUUGAAAUCCUAAAACUCCAAAUUGAAAGCGUGGGCAACUCUCAUAUCCAGCUGGCCCUCAUGUUGAAAGAGGAACUAAAAGCCUUAGAAGAAUUCCGAGAAAGGCAGAAGGAACAACGGAAAAAGUACGAGAGCACAAUGGAACGAAUACACAAGAACAAGCUCUUAAUGUUCAAGAAAACCAUGGAGUCCAAGAAGGCCUACGAUCAGAAAUGUAAAGAUGCUGAUGAGGCUGAGCAGGCAUUUGAGAAGAUAAGUGCUAUUGGAAACCAGAAACAAAUAGAAAAGAGCCAGACCAAAGCAAAACAGUCCAGAGACUCUGCCAAUGAAGCAGAAAGUGUGUAUAAGCAGAACAUUGAGAUACUAGACAAGACAAGGACCACGUGGGAACAAGAACAUGUUAGUACUUGCGAGGCUUUCCAGCUUCAGGAAUGCGAUCGGAUCACUAUCCUACGGAAUUCUCUCUGGGUUCAUUGCAAUCAACUCUCUAUGCAGUGUGUGAAAGACGAUGAGCUUUAUGAAGAGGUUCGGGUAAGCCUGGAAAACUGCAACGUGGAGUCCGAUAUGAACGCCUUCGUUCAGAAUAAGAUGACGGGAACGGAACCACCAGCCGCCAUCGGCUACGAGAAUUAUUACGAGAGAACUGGACCCAUGAAGAAUUCCAACAGCCCAACAACCCAGAGUUGCGGAAUGAUGAAAAGGUUCUCCGACUUGUUGCAUGGCAGCACACGAAAUGCUCCGGAUAACAUUAUUUCCACAAUAACCCCAACUGCUGAUCAAAGGGCGGACGGUGUCUAUGCAGCAAUUCAUGUGGACGCCAACGCUGCCAUGGACCAUGAUUACAGAGUUCUCUAUGACUACACGGCCCAGAACGAGGACGAGCUGGACAUACGAGCGGGUGACAUUGUCAACAUCAUUGAAGCCGGCGAGGAUGGCUGGUGGACCGUAGAACUGGAGGGGCAGCAAGGAUUUGUGCCCGGCUCCUAUCUGGAGAGACUUUGAUGGGAAGAACCCUUCCCGAGCGCUACCUUUUUUUAUCAGCUAGAAAUCUCUUUUUUAAAAAAUCAAGUUUUUCCCUCUUUGCACGUGGCAGACGAAGAGCUACGAUUAUGCUCUUUAUUUUAACAUAAACGCCACCCUGCCUUUUAAUUUUUUUUGAAGGACAAUUAUCAAAGAAAAGACAUCCAAACUUGUGCUGAUUUUCUCACCCUAGAAAUGUUAUAUGUUCCCAAAGGUUUUAUUUGCCUUGCUAAAUCCAGCUACCCGUCCGAUCCCAUCAAUGUUUUGGUAGAACCUUGACCGGUUUUCUACACGGCAAUUUUUUUUCCAAAACUGUCUUUGCCAUGCUCCAUUGACGUUGGUGGAGUCAGAAACACCGUGGACUUUAUAAUAAAUGAUUGAUUAAAGUGCAUGUUUUGAAAUGAUUAAGAUCUUGAUUCCAGAAACAACGCUUUCCUUUCUUUUUCGCUCUGGGUGAAACCACGGCGGACUUACAAACCAUCCUUUCUCUAGGGUUGCAAUUCCGUUUUUGAUUCAGGGUGGAGCGGAGGGUGGGUGGAUCCGUCCUAAAUGCUACCAUCUCAGAUUCUCAGCUCUUCGCAGAAAAUGCAUCUGCAAAUUGUUCUAGCAGUGCACACACGAGCAACAUUUGAAGUUUUAGCAGCUGACAAUCUGACCCCAAAUCGAGAAAAGGAAGUUUCUCAAAAAAAAAUAAACACAAGAUCUCUCCGGAGAGUUCUUUCGUUGCAUUCAAUAUUGUCAAGACCUUUUAUACGAUGUUUCAGUUUGAACACACUGGUGGGCAGAAAUGAUGGCAGGAGUUAAUAUUCAGUAUUACACCUAUUAUUUAUCUGCUGCAACCUGUAACUGCACUAGCCAUUUAUGACCCCCUCCCCCAAAUCAUCUGGUUCCUAACUGCCCGCCUUGGGGGUGUCCAAAGUUGGCAACUUUUUAAGACUCGUGGACUCCAACUCCCAGAAUUCCCCAGCCGGCCAAGAUUGGAUACCCCUUACUUAAUGAUUGCAGUUCCACAAAAAUGCUGUUUUUCACAUAACUGUCGUAAAUUGCAAAUAAUUGUAAAUGACUCCCUCUCUCCCAAUUUUUUUUAAUGUGAUUCUGGAGGGCUGCGUCACAACUUUAAAUCCUGGUUAUAAGUACCUGCUUUGGGGUCAGUUCUAACUUUAAAUGGUCAUUACGCAGCCUGUCGUAAAUCAAGGACUACCCGUGUGUUACGCAGGGAAUUCUCCAGAAAGCACCCUAGUAGGAUCACCAACCUUGUCCUUUCUUCUUCCUUGAGCAAGUGUGAUCACCCUCCCUUGCAAUCCCCCUCUAGUAACCAAGCUUAACGUUUCUUGCUUAUUAAUACCACAAGGAGUUGAUUAGGCAACCGGCUCCCCCUUGGUCUCCUUUGCACCACUUGAUUCCUUCAUGCCGAAGAGGCCGCUAGUAAGACAUCCUUUACCGCCAGAAACCAGUUAAGUGGGAUGGCUUGUUGGGGGUUUUUGUAACCGGUUUGAUGGAUGGUGGGAGGAGAGGGGGCUGCCUGAAAAGGAGACCUUUACU